CCAAAUUCCACUGGAAGUCCAUCGGACAAGUCCACCACCAAGGCAAGAUAGCCUCUCGAUCGAAAGUACACCUCAAGAUCCAAGGAGAUGCCUGCUCUCAGAUACUCGGAAGAUACCGAAUUUAACGAUGCCUUAAGGGCUCGGGGUAUCCUACCACAAUUGCCUGCUGAUCCCGAGUCUCCCGAAGCUACUUCACCAGAGGAACCCAGACCGGAAGAUCUGAUUGAUGAGCUCGAUAACCAGAAGGCGAUUGACGAACUCGAACUAGAUGAAGACAUCCCAGCGCAUUUGGUCGACUCGUGGAAAUCAGCUCGACUGGCUGAAUUGCAACAUGCCAAACAAACCACGAACGCUCGAUCAUCUGGCUUGAGACCGAUAGGGAAGGAAGACUACGUUCGAGAGGUCAACCAAGCUAGCGAGGUUGAUGUGGAUCCUAAUUCAGCUCACACUAGGAGAGGGACUGGAGUGGUACUUUGUCUUUGGAACAACUCAUCCGCCUCAAAACACAUCCUAUCACUACUUGAACAAAUCUCACAUCAGUACCCAUCAACUCAUUUUCUUUCGAUCCCAGGGGAAUCAUGUAUUGCUAAUUACCCUGACGCCAACCAGCCUACAUUGAUCUGCUAUCGUGCUGGGGCCUGUCUGCGGCAAUACGUUGGCAUUGGAUCGUCUUCUGAAAUCUCCAAAACAAAUGGCAAACUUAGUGCUGGAUUAUCGACCAGAUUGGACGACUUGGAAGCUGAACUACUCUCCAUCGGCGCUCUUGAUGAACAUCUCAAAGUCAAAUCAUCCUCCGAGAAAUAUCCUGAUGGCAACAGUCGACUAGAGGAUGACGACGACAACUCUUAUCGAUCCAAAAUCAAGAAAAACAUCAGAGCGACUUCCAAAAAUGAUAGUGAUUCAGAGCUUGAUAUUUGAAUUCGCUUUCCUGUAUGUGUCUAAUGUAAUUAAACCGCCUGGCUUGUCUUUGAAGUGAAAAAAAAACCUAUGUAGAAAGACUACUGUCACUCUAUUUGAAAUUUGAAUGUGAUGUUGCAAAUCC